CCACCCCCUACUAACGGAGUACUACUACUAGUAUGAAGGGACCCCAGCCGCGCGCACAUGGAAGAAAGGACCCAGUAUUCAGCAGGACUAGUUCUGCUCUUAGUCGCUUGCUCUUUGACCUAUUCAUGCCGCUUCUCACACCGCAACCAAUAUCGCCUUCAGCUUCAGUCGUCAUUCUAUGGUAGCGGUGUUAUUGCUUUUGCCCGUCUGCAUGCACCCCAUUCCGAUGAAGGCAGUAUCUACUUACGUAGUAGACGGUCGCACAGUCUUUUCGUCCCUAGAUGCUUUGAGCAAGCUUCUAGAUCUCUUUCUAGGCACCAAGCCACUCCCCCUUGCUUGUCAAAACUUAUUUUCUUUUUCUUUCAGCCUUUUUCCCUUCUUCUUUUCUUUCAUUCUUUUUUAUGUAAUUUUAAUCUUCCAGUCGACCUUCCAUUUCGAAUAAUUUCCCUCCCUUCAUGCUAUCAACAUGACUUGCUGGUUUCUCCUGCCGGCUCAUUCCAUGGCAGCCCACACGUUGAUUCUUAACUAAAACUGCAUUGCUGAACGCCUUGUCAGCCACGCUUUUGGGUCGAUGAGUGGAGGAGGAGGAGAACAAAGUGGACCAUCACCAUCUACUCACACAGUACUUACUCCUUCCAGCGCAAGUGCCAAGUACUUCGAUCCAAUUCUUUUCUCUCUUUACACCGUGACCACCACUUGAUACCGAUACUAGUAUCUUCCCCCUUUCAUCCCGCCUUUUCC